AUGAAUAACGGGAGGGCUCCAGAUGCUCCAUAUAAACGGACCAUUCGGCCCCCUCCCUUCAUCCUAUCAGGAGGCUUUCUAGUGAUGUGGUUUCUGGGUAGACUCACUGUGUUCCUAGGGCUGCUUUUAGUCCUGCCAGCCCGUACCGCGAAUGGCAGGAGAGGUAUGAGACCACGGGGAGAUAAGCUGGCCUCGGCUGGCCGUUCGGCCCUGCUGCUCCAUACUAGCGCCGCCACCGGAGUGAAGCCCCGGGUUACCGUCCGGUGCGACGAGGGCUCCAUGUCGGUAGCUGUGCCCUUGGAUUUGUUUGGGACGGGUUACCUGGUCAAUGCCAAGCACCUGAGACUCGGUAGCUGCACUUUCAGCCGAGUGGUGCCCCGGAAUGGGACGCUGCUGUUCCGUACCCCACUGCAUCAGUGUGGCGCCAGGAGGACGUUGGAUGUGGAUGAUCUUAUUUACAAGACCAGCCUGCAUUACCUGCCCCCAGUGAGGCAGCAGGUUAUUGUUCGUACCAAUCCAGUCAGUAUUCCCAUUGAGUGUCAUUAUCCCAGGAAGGGGAAUAUCAGUGGUGAAGCUAUUGAACCAACCUGGGUGCCAUUCAGCUCUACUCAUGUUGGACACAACUCCCUGAAAUUCUUCCUUGCCCUCAUGACCGAGAACUGGGCGGAGAAGCGAGAUUCAAAUGUCUACUACCUGGGCGAUGAGAUUCACAUUGAGGCCUCUGUUGUGACUCUGAACCAUGUGCCACUGAAACUCUUUAUCGAUCGCUGUGUGGCCACUGUGGGGCCUGAAUGGAGCUCCAACUCCAGUUACACCAUCAUUGACCACAAUGGAUGCCUCCUGGACAGCAAAGCUGGUUCCUCAACCUCUUCUUUUGUCAAUCCAAGAGUGAAGCCAGACACAAUCCGUUUUGUCCUAGAUGCCUUCCGCUUCUACAGGAUUCCCAGCAGCUUGAUUUACAUUACUUGUCACCUGCGAGUUUCUGCACUCCAGCUGCAGCCAAACCCCCUGAACAAGGCUUGCUGGUUUCAAAGGGCCAGCCGAACCUGGUCCCUGGUCACUGACAGCUGGGCCCCUCCAGUAGGAGAGAGUGAUGGCCAAUCCAUCUGUCACUGCUGUGACACACUCGGAUGUGGAUCACCAUCCAGGGCCAUGAGGAGAAAAUCACGGGCAGCAGAAUUCUCACCAGCAACAUGGGAAGCGGAUUCAACACUUGGACCCUUAGUCAUUGUGGAUCCCAACCGUUUUAGUGCUGCCAAGUCUGGAUCUUCAGUGGGAGACUUUGCUGAACAGCACCAAGCUGUCUCUGAUGGACACUUUCUGGUCGGUCUUGCUCUGCUGGGUGCUUUGAUGAUCCCAGUAGCAGGAUUUACAGUGGCUACCUACAGGAGAUGUGUUGGAGUCCAGUUAUGUUGA